AUGCCGGCGAUCAUAUCAAGCGAUAAUUAUUCAGUUGAAUCUAAAGCCCUGUGGACUAGGAUGAUGGAAGCAAAUGAAUAUAGUGAUUUCAUUAUUAAAUGUCACUCAAGGACAUUUCAUGUCCAUCGAAUUGUCGUUUGCACGCAAUCGAAACCAAUACAGGCUGCAGCAAAUGGAAAUUUCCUGGAAUCUGUUACUGGCGUUCUAGACCUAGUGGAUGAUGACCCCGGCACUGUCGAAAGAAUGAUCAACUUCUUUUACCUCCAAGAUUAUGACGAUUCCGAGACGAUUGAAGAAGCUAAGGAAGGUUAUGGACGUCUUUUAAUCAACACAAUGGUGUAUAUUAUUGGCGACAAAUACGAUAUCCAAGGCCUCAAAACCCUCGCAAAAAGAAAGUAUGAGGCAGCCAUAGAUACGGAGUGGAAUACCCCUUCUUUCUCGGCCAGUUUAGAGCUUAUGUACGAAGAGCUCCCAGAGAGUGAUAUGUGUCUUACGUCGCUUGCCCUUCAAACUGCAAGCAAGCAUGUGAAGGAACUCAAAGAUAAAGAGGAAUUCACUAGUCUGUGCAAAAAUAAUCCUGCAAUUGCCUACGACCUGUUCACGACGGCUGCCUCGCAAUCUUCUGCAACCAUCUGCCAACCUAAGGUGCAUAAGGAAACCACAGAACAUUGUCCCAAAGGCCAUAGUUUCACACAUCUUAAAGAUAUACAUGCGAUGUAUGAUUCGAACUUGGGGAAAUGGAAGGUGAAAUGUCCAAAUUGUGCCAUGCAGAAGGUAUGUUAUAAAGUUGAUGGUUCGUGUGAUCUAGAGGCGAGGUGGGAUGGGGAUGGGGUUGGUUAUUGGUAUUUAUGA